UAUCGGUCUAGCGUUUACAACACAACUGCUGCGAUAGUGCGAUCAGUAAUCGGGUUUCGACUGAAACUUUGAAUAGCGAUAACGAGUAAAUCGAAACUAAUCGAACUAACAACAAUAAUAAUAGUCUAAUAGUUAGACUAUAAUUUAUAGUUAUAAGAAGUGACGGAAGUGACUAAUAGUUACCUAUUAGCUAAUAUCUAGCGAUUAAAUUUUUAAAAUCUAUAACGCAAUACGCCCGAACUGUUGCAAUUUUAAAAGUGACUGCACUCACCACGCCCGUCUGUGCUUAAAAUUUACUGCGAACAAAUACUAGCCAGUGUGUCAAGUAUACGUCAUGGAUUCGGGUGGCAUAGAAUUUUUAUCCCAAAUUCAAGAAGGACAACUGUACAAGUACACAAAUGUAGUUAAAGGAUGGCAACACAGAUGGUUUAUAGUGGACCCAAGAGAAGGAACACUGAGUUACUUUUUGAGUGAAAAUGAUACAAAACAACAACCACGGGGAUUUAUUUUUUUGGAAUCCGCUGUUGUAUCUCCAAGUGAUGAAGAUUCAAAUACAUUUUCUGUGAACUCUUGGAAUGGCGAAUGUUAUAAGUUAAGGGCUGUUGAUGCACGAGCUAGACAAGAUUGGGUGAAUCGUUUGAGAGCUGCUGCAGAGUUUCAUUCCCAAAAAAACGUACAAAAAUAUUCACGAACAAAUUAUGUGUAUGAUUUUUGCCCAAGUGGGGUUAAAAGAUCUUUGGCCAAUGCACGACAGUAUUUAUCUCAGGCUGAAAAUAAUUUUAUUGACAUGGCUCGAGUCAUAGAGAAGCUACCAUCUCAAGGUCCACGCUUAAGGAAUACUGAUCCCGACUUGUUAAUAAUAAAGGCAACAUCGCAGUCAAUGAUGUGUGCAUUAGAAAACUGUUAUAAGAUUCUACAACAUUCAAGCAUCGAACAACCAAUCAUUCGAACUUAUUCAUUUUUGAAUUCCAAACAAUCUUCCUCAUCAUCACAUUCUAAAAGAAAAUCCCACACAACAAGUACUUAACUAAUAAGUAAUAAAUUGGCAUCAUGUUUCUCUCUUAUUUUUAUACCGUGAUUUAUGUAUAUUCCAUUGAUUAUAUUUGAUUAUUUAUAACAGUAUUGAAUUUUUAAAAACUUGUUGUUAUUUAUGGAUAUUUUUUUUCUAUUUUUAUGUACCUUCAUUUUAUUGUAUUAUUAUAUAACAUAUUUAAUCAUUCACAAAUUUAUAAUAAGUUUUUUAAUUCUAGAGACAGGAGGUAUAAUAGUUUAGUUACUGAAAUCUCUAUAAAAUGAAUCAAAAGUUUCAACAGUUUUUGAUUAAAUAUAAAAUAUAAUUGUAUGUUAUAAUAAUAUAUUAUUAAGGAUUAUAAAAUUAGACUUAAUCGGUUGGUUCGUUUUGUACACUACAUUCCGGUUUUUUAAACUAUUAUUGCAGGUAGACUAUUUUACUCUAUGAUCUAAAGCUUCUUCAUUUUUAUUCUAUCGAGGGUACUAUUACUUUUAGAGCUUCUUAUUGUAUUUUUAGUUAAAUCAGCCUAUUAGUUUAUAUUAUCAUCUUUAUUUCAAACUUUUCAAGGGAGUAAAGAAGCAAUUAAUAUAAUGAUAUAUUUAUUUUAUUUUUAUAAGAAAAACUACUAUGGUUUUUGAAAAUGUAUCAGCGAAUGUAUGUAGCAUAUCAUUUUAAUAAUAACAAAUUUAGUAUUAGUUUAAUAUAUUUUGUAAGUGUUAUGGAAACAAUGAAAUCACAAUGUAUUAAAUAUUAUAUUAAAUAGUAAGAACUGAGAUUAUGAUCAUAAACAUAAAACAAUUAUGUGUUAGUUUAUAUAAAAUAAAAUUAUGUUAUAUAUUUACAAAUAAACUGUUUUACAAUGGUAUAUAUUUUGAUAUUUACAAAAUAUUGAAUGAAAUUAAAAUAUAAUUUGUACUUUAACCUAACUGAUGAGAUAUAUACACUUUUAAGGUACAAACCCAUAAUUUUAUUUGUAUUUCACAAUCAUUAUAUUAUUGUUGCAUAUCUGUGUCAGUAAUGUUAAGGCACAUAAUGUCAUAACUACUGAAUAUUGUUUAUGUCCAAUGUAUAUUUCUAAAAUUUCACGAAAAAAAAUUGUGUUAUAAUUAUUUUUUAAUAUAAUAGAUAUAAUAGAUGUUUAAUAUAAAUUAGGUAAUUCAUUAGAUGAUCUAAUAUUGAUAUGAAAUCACUAUGACCAACUAAUUAAGAUAGGUAACUUUCAUGCAUUUUAAACAACAAAAUGAUUUACAGUUUUUUUAUAUUUUAACAUAGUUCCAUCAACAUUUAUAAAAAAAAAAGUGAAUAUGUAUUAUCGAUACAUUUUAAUUGUAGUGGGGAAAACUUAUAACAGGAACGCAUUGUAUUCAAGAUCUUUAUGUGCAGACAAACCUUUUACUUUAACAAUUUUCUACUAUAUCUAUACAUUUAUACUUUUAUAAGUCAACGUACAAGAAGUAUUCAUAUAAGAAAAUAAUAGAAACAAAUAAAAUAAUUUGAAAUUUACUUACAUAGUUUGUUUAUUACUUAACUGUAUAUCAGCACACUGUCAGGGAACACUAUACUUAUAUAUUAUUAAAGAAAAACACAAUACUAUACUUCAAGUUCUUAAUCUAUCUAAUCUAUUUAAAUUUAAAAGUCCAAUUUUUAUAUUUUUUUAUUCUAACCUUUUUACAUUUCAAUACAUAAAUUAAUUCUUGUAUUAAUUGAUACUAGCAUAAUAAUUGUUUUUAAAAAUAUGAUAAAUAAAUGAUUUUACAAUUAAUAGACUUGAUCAAAUUAAUUUAUUAAUGUAUACAAAUUUUAAGUCUGUAUGUAAAAACAUAAUAUUAUAGUGUAAAAUAAAAUUAGAAAUUUAAAAUUAGCAAUCCUUUAAUCAAUAAUAGAAUUCAUUUAUGUACCAAUUAAAAUGUAAAAAAGUUGGAAUAAAAAAAAUUCAGAUAUAAA